CCAAAAUUCCCCUGUAACCCUGCCUUAAUAUUGGGGUUAACAAAGCACUAGAUCUCUACCUUCUGCAAUGUCAGCCUUUUUCCCCACAGCGGACAGCCAGCUUACGCAAUUCAGAAAAAAAUUUAAAUACAAAUUUCUCAGUUUUUUUGAGAAAAAGUAGUUUAUUUUCAAUGAGUAAGAGCCAGGAUUUAUGCAAUAAUUUUAGGUUAUCGUGAUAUAAAAAGUGCUUAGCAAGUUUUUGUUAAAUGCACAGCUAAUUAAUUUAUUGCACAUUGAAUAAUACGUUUACAUGACAUGCAAUAUAUUAUUUCCUUGCGUUUACGUAACUAAAGUAUAAACUUAUAAUAAAGCUUAGAUUUUUGUUUAUGCCUUUAUAUACAAUUUUAAAAUGCCUUGCAUACACUUUUUGCCACUGAAGAUGAAUUUGAGUUUUAGCUUAAAGAUAAUUUGCCACAAAAUGUGAUAUGUAUUAAGACAAGAAUAGUAUAAAACAAUCACUCACUCUAUAUGUUACUCACUCCUUUGAGUUACCAUCGGGUAAUAAAAAGCAACUUUCCCAUUGUAUCUCCUUCUAUUUCACGCGUCCGAAUUACAUACGAUUUGCUGGCCUCUCUGCAGGAGCCUAAAACCAGCACCCUGAAUUUCUCAUCGUUCAAAUCAAGCUUUACUUCCAAUGUUAAUUUCCUGAAGCGAAGAUUUAGCUCGGGAGAUUUGUCUUCCGAGCAUGACGAUGUCGAUCCCAGUCAACUGCCGCCUGCUGCGCGGCCCAUUCAGGAUCAACCAACGAAGCCGCCAAUUAGCAGUGGCGGCCCACCGAACAUGCCACCGCCGCCGGCGCCAGGUGUGCCCGCAGCCGGUGCAGGUGCUGGUGGCCCGGAGCUAUCGUUGAGUUUUGGUGGUGGCAAGCAAGCGGCACCAGCUCCGCCACGCGGCGUUAGCGCUCCAACUAGCCCAGCGAAAUCGCGUGAAAGUUUGCUACAGCGGGUGCAGAGUUUGACGGGCGCAGCGCGUGAUCAAGGCGCUUCCAUAUUGGGUGCUGCGGUGCAGAGCGCCACCCGAGCGCCGGCCUUCAACAAGGACAAGUACUUCACGUUGCUCGUACUCGACGACCAAAACACCGACUGGUCGAAGUAUUUCCGUGGCAAGCGCCUGCAUGGCGACUUCGACAUACGCGUAGAGCAGGCAGAAUUCCGGGAUAUUUCGCUCACUGCCAGCGCUGAAACUGGACCCAUCAUUUCCAUGGCUGUCUACCGUGGCGGUACCAGGGUGGCACGCUCGUUCCGACCGGAUUUCGUGCUGAUACGCCAACCGCCACGCGAUGGUUCCAAUGAUUACCGCUCGACUUUAAUUGGAUUAAAGUAUGGCGGAGUGCCCAGCAUUAAUUCUUUGCAUUCAAUUUAUCAAUUUCAAGACAAACCUUGGGUAUUUGCGCAUUUGUUGCAGUUGCAGCGUCGCUUGGGACGUGACGCCUUUCCUUUGAUUGAACAAACCUUCUUCCCCAAUGCCAGGGAUUUGGUAAGUACAUUUAAAAUUUGAUUAUCAAAUAUUUGCAAUAUGUAUUUAAAAUG